AUGGAGUACAAGGUACCGAUGUGUGACAGUAAAGUAGCUUCUUGUCCCAUUUGUCCCAUUUCUGAAUCUGCUUUUUUUUUUUUUUUUCCCCACAUCUCUAGAUCAGAGAAGCCCAACUGGGAUUACCAUGCAGAGAUACAAGCGUUCGGCCACCGGUUACAAGAAGAUUUUUCCUUGGACCUUCUCAAAAGGGCGUUCGUGAACCCUUGCUACAUUAAAGCCGAGGAGGAGAGGCGCCGGGGACUGGGACUGGACCAGGAAGCCGCGGCCCUCAAUCUCCAAGAUAACACUGAGCUGUGGGAGCAGGGGGAGGCGUUUGCGCGCUCCUACCUCACGCAGUGUUUCGAAGGUGCCUACCCCAGCUUGCCGGCCGAGGGGGUGGCAGCGCUGGUCGGGUUCCUCGGCAGCCAGGAGCUGGUGGCCCACGUGGCGCAGAACCUGGCCCUGCAGGACCUGGCGCUCUGCGCGCACUUCCCCGUCCCGCCGCACGUGCUGCACAGGAUGUUCUUCGCUGUCGUGGGAGCGCUGCUUGGCAGCAGUGGCCCAGACAAAACGAGCAUCUUUGUCAGGGAUUUUUUAAUUCCUCAACUGAUUGGAAAAGACCUGUUUGAGAUCUGGGAAGUCAUCAAUCCUAUGGGCUUGCUCGUGGAAGAACUGACCAAGAGAAAUCUGCCUUCUCCAGAACCCAGGAUUACCAGGCAGACCGGGGUCAGCACGGUUCUGCCGGUCUACUUUGUCGGCUUGUACUGUGAUAAAAAGAUUAUAGCUGAAGGUCCUGGUGAGACACUGCUUGCUGCAGAAGAAGAAGCUGCCCGGGUGGCACUCCGGAAGCUCUAUGGGUACACAGAGAACAGGAGACCUUGGGAUUACUCAAAACCUAAAAAGGGAUGGGCAGCAGAAAAGGCAGUCAGCAGCAGCUAG